GAAACAACACCGAGGAUCGCGGGCAACCUAAGGUGUCCGGUUUUGCAUUGCGGCAGCCACAUUCCUAGAUCCAGUCAUGCCCCCCUACUAAGUUAAAAGCAACGUGUCCCUCCUUCACUGCUGGCGGAUAGUCGCAUCUCUUAUCUGGCGUCUGGCGUCUGGCAUCUGGCAUCUCAAACGCGAGGCCAUCAUAAUUUGAACGCUCCACGUCCUUGCCUUCCUCGCCCGCUUCCUUUCCUGAGUCUUUGGGCCGUGCUGGACUAAAGUUCAAGAGGUUUUGGAGGCCACUGCAUGCACCUAUGCGCGAUGCCGUUGCAGGUUGCUGUGGUGCAACGCGUUCCCACGCAUCCACGAUGGCUUCUCGAGGUCUGGCCCUAGUGGUGUUCUUGGCAAAAUCAUCGCCCUGCAGGCAUCUUGCUGUAAGGUCAAGCCACGCCGCCGCCCAGAACCCCAAGUCACCACACGACCUAACUCUGUCGCGCUUGGCAGCUAUUCCGUGCAAACUCAAACAAAGAAGCAGGCCGCUUUGGUUCUAGGUCUGCGCGAGAACUAAGAGGCGCUGAGCCUGCAGUUCAAGUUCUUUCAUCCAGCCCAAAUGCCCUCCCAGAAACGGACGGGAUUCUGAGUAAGAAUGGGAAGUGCAUCCAACCCUUUUCCCACCUUCUUUUGUGGCCCCACCAGAUGGAAGCUUACCUAGCUCUUGGCCUACACAAUCGCAUUCUCUCUGCGCGUACAUCCGCAGCACCAAUCACUUGUGAUUACUCCAAGAAGUGCCAUUACGUAGCAUGCUUUAGAAUAAAUGGAAAAGGGGAUGCGGAGCAAAUGUAUACCGACGUAGGUAAAGUUAAUACGAUGGGCAUAUGGCUGCAUAGUAUCAUGAUGCGAAUAUGCUUGUAAUUGUUACGGGGGUGAUACCGGUCGGUAUUUUGUCUUACUGAAAAUGUCCGCCAUUGAAAUACUAGG